GCGAAUAGGCGGGAGCGACGCCGCGGGCGGGCAGCGCCGCCAACCCUGCCCCGCAGCUCCGCGCCGGGGGAGGGCCAGGAGCGCUGGAGCUGCGGGGGGAACGGCAGAGGAGGGCGGGAAGAGGGGCGCAGUAGCGCGGGGCGCACCGCCGGAGAUGGGGCGCGGCGCGGCGCUGCGAGCUGCUGAAGCGGUCUGCAGCUAAAAGCCGAUGGAUGACGGGGAAGGGAAAAGGGAGGGAAGGGGCUGCCGGAGCCGAGGCGUUACGGCUGCCGGUUCCGCGCUUCCUGCCCUGGUGCUUUUCCAGCUGCGGCAGCUGUGGUAUAAAGGCGGAGAUGGUGCGGCAGCGGUGUGGGCAACAGCCGCGGCUCCCGGAGCCUGGCCCCGGCGGCAGGGCGCAGGGACACGUCCAGCCAGGGGCGGGCAGAGCCUCCACCGCCCCCUCCGGAGCUGCCGGGGGAGGUGCCUUGGUCCCCCCGCCGGGGAGGGGGCACGGCGGGGCCGGGAGGGGCUCACGGGAGCUGCCGGCGCGGAUGCCUUCACCUGGGUCUCUUCAGUGAGCAAGGCGAGGAGAGCGGUCGAGUCUGGAGAACUACCUCUGGAUGGUUUAAAAAAAAAAAAAAAAAAAAGAAAGAAAGAAAAGGGGAAAAAACCAACUCCGCAAUCCUCUGCUCCCCACAGGCUCAGCACCAUAAGGGACUGCUAUAUUUGAGUCUGUCAGGAGGAUGGGAGAGAGAGACUGAGAGUCAGGGCGAGAGAAAGACGGUGCCACAGCAGCGCUGAGCUUCAGUACCUGGAAGAAUUGCUGGGGGCCAGGAAAGAAGAAUCAGGAUGCAUAGCACCUUCCAGAGCGCUAAGCUUUAAUGAAGAAACGUCAGCGUUGCUAACAACUACACAAAAAGGGACUGAAGACCUUUGUGACCAAUGAUGUGGUUGUCAUGGAAACUCUUUCUGUUUCUGUCACUCACUGGCUGUCUUUCAGAGUAUUCAGAAGCUGUCCCUGGCCUCCCCACUUCAUAUGCUGCUAUCUUAAGAAUCAAAUCUGGUAGUUCAUCUUUAACUUCAUUUAAUUCGAAGAACAGACCACGGUUAAGCAGUCCUGCGUCAGGAAGUAUAUCUUCACCAGGCUGGAGAGGAUCUACACAACAUUAUCACUCCCCAGCAAACCCCUACCACUUUUCAGAGGCCUUCAAACACGACGAAAGUGUUGAUUAUGGGCCGGUGUUUGUGCAAGAGCCUGAUGAUGUGAUUUUUCCAACUGAUUCGGAGGAGAAGAAAGUAUCUUUGAAUUGCCAAGCUCGUGGAAAUCCUACUCCCACAUACAGAUGGCUUCGAAAUGGAACUGAAAUCGACAUUGAAAGUGAUUAUCGCUUCAGUUUAAUAGAAGGAAGCUUAAUCAUCAACAACCCCAGUGAAAUGAAAGAUUCUGGACAGUACCAGUGUUUAACCAGCAACAUGUUUGGCAGCAUUUUAAGCAGAGAAGUUGUUCUUCAGUUUGCAUAUCUGGGGAACUUCAGUGGUCGGACCAGAAGUGCUGUUUCUGUACGUGAAGGUCAAGGAGUUGUCCUGAUGUGCUCCCCUCCACUUCAUUCACCAGAGAUCAUCUAUAGCUGGGUAUUUAAUGAAUUCCCAUCUUUUGUGGCAGAAGAUAGCAGACGCUUCAUCUCUCAGGAGACAGGCAAUCUCUACAUCUCCAAGGUGCAAACAUCUGAUGUUGGCAGCUAUAUAUGCUUGGUAAAAAACACAGUAACAAAUGCCAGAGUUUUGAGUCCUCCUACACCUCUGACACUGAGAAAUGAUGGUGUGAUGGGGGAAUACGAACCAAAAAUUGAAGUCCAUUUUCCUUACACGGUAACAGCUGCAAGGGGAACUACUGUUAAGAUGGAGUGUUUUGCACUUGGCAACCCUGUUCCAACAAUAUCUUGGAGGAAAGUUAAUGGUCAUAAUCCAAGUAAAGCCCGCCUGAGAAAAUCCCAAGCUGUGCUUGAAAUACCUAAUGUGCAGCUAGAGGAUGCAGGAGUCUAUGAAUGUAAGGCUGAAAACUCUCGUGGAAGAAAUGUCUUCAGAGGACAGCUACAAGUGUACACCUCCCCACAAUGGGUGGAGAAACUUAAUGAUACUCAAUUAGACAGUGGAGAUCAACUCCGAUGGGAGUGUAAAGCCACUGGAAAGCCAAGACCUACCUACCGCUGGCUGAAAAAUGGAGUUCCUCUCUGGCCACAGACCAGGAUUGAGAUGGUUAAUGGUGUUCUGAUGAUCCACGGUGUGAAUGUGUCAGAUGCAGGAAUGUAUCAGUGCUUAGCAGAAAAUAAGUACGGCACUAUUUAUGCCAGCGCUGAACUCAAGAUUUUAGCUUCGGCUCCCACUUUCCCACCAAAUCAAAUGAAGAAAACAAUAAUUAUUACCAAAGGCCAAGAAGUGGUCAUUGAGUGCAAGCCACAAGCUUCUCCAAAGCCAACUAUCACUUGGAAGAAAGGAGAUAAAGCAUUAAGAGAGAGUAAGAGGAUAACUAUUCUUCCGCAUGGGAGCUUGCGAAUCCUGAAUGCUUCCAAGUCAGAUGAAGGACGGUACUUAUGCCAAGGCGUAAAUGUAUUUGGAUCUGCAGAAAUCGUUGCAUCAGUAUCUGUUAAAGAACCUACAAGAAUAGAGCUGACUCCCAAGAAGAUAGAGUUAACAGUUGGAGAAAGCAUUGUCCUCAGUUGCAAAGCCCUUCAUGACAGCACGCUAGAUGUCACCUUCUAUUGGACACUCAAUGGGCAGCCAAUUGACUUUGACAAAGAAGGUGGACACUUUGAAAGCAUCAAGGCACAAGCAUCCUCUGCAGAUUUAAUGAUCAGGAACAUUCUUCUGAUGCAUGCUGGGAGAUAUGGCUGCAGGGUUCAGACCGCAGCGGACACCGUGUCAGAUGAGACGGAGCUACUUGUUAGGGGCCCUCCUGGUCCCCCAGGUGUUGUAAUAGUGGAGGAAAUUACAGACACCACAGCAACACUUUCCUGGAGUCCUGGGGCAGACAAUCAUAGCCCUAUAUUCCUCUACAACCUACAAGCACGCAGUCCAUUUUCUCUUGGCUGGCAGACUGUAAAAACAGUUCCAGAGGUGAUAAGUGGUGACAUGGAGUCUGCCAUGGCUGUUGAACUGAACCCUUGGGUAGAGUAUGAAUUCAGAGUUGUAGCAACUAAUAAAAUCGGGACUGGAGACCCAAGUGCACCAUCACGAGUGAUCAGAACCAAUGAAGCAGUUCCAAAGACACCCCCAGCUAAUGUAAGUGGUAGAAGUGGAAGGCGGCAUGAAUUAGUAAUAGCAUGGGAGCCAGUGUCUGAAGAGUUUCAGAGUGGAGAAGGAUUUGGAUAUAUUGUAGCCUUCAGACCUAAUGGAACGCGUGGCUGGAAGGAAAAAAUGGUGACAUCUUCAGAUGCUUCAAAGUUCAUCUACAGAGAUGAAAGUGUGCCACCUCUGACUCCUUUUGAAGUGAAAGUUGGUGUUUACAACAACAAAGGAGAUGGUCCCUUCAGCCCUAUUGUAGUCAUCUGCUCAGCUGAAGGAGAACCCACUGCUGCUCCCAUCGAUGUCAAAGCUACGAGUUUGUCUGUAUCAGAGAUUCUUGUUGCGUGGAAACAUAUUAAAGAAAGUCUAGGAAGACCACAGGGAUUUGAGAUUGGCUACUGGAAAGACAUGGAGCAGGAAGAAGCAGCAGAAAAGGUCAAAACUGAGGGAAAUGAAUCAUCCAUUCUUCUGACUGGAUUAGAAGGAAAUACAUUGUAUCAUCUAACAGUGAGGGCAUACAACGCUGCAGGGUAUGGACCACCUAGCACUGCUGUGCGUGCAGCAACCAAGAAGUCUCCUCCCAGCCAAGCACCAAGCAAUAUCAUGUGGAUACAGGAUGGUUCUCAUGUGUCUCUUGGGUGGGAGCCAGUCAGACCUCUAGCUAAUGAAUCUGAUGUAAUGGGAUACAAGGUGUUAUUUAGGCAAGAAGGCCAGAGCAACAGUCAAGUCAUAGAAACACAGAAAACCUCUGCAGUGGUCCUACUUCCUGAUGUUGGUGUCUACAUCAUUGAGGUCUGUGCAGUCAGUGAAGGAGGUGAUGGUACUGCAAGUCCCCAGAUCAGAGUUCCAUCUUUUUCAGGAGGGAAAGUAACAAGUGCUCAGUCCACCUUACAUGUGUUUUCCACUUCCUCGUCAUCUGUAACAUUGCUCUUGGCUUUAAUGGUUCCUUCAACCUCAUGGUGAAGACUGCAGUCUUUGUUGUUGUUGUUAUUUGUUUGCUUUAGCUUGAUGACACCAAGGGAUGGAGUUUCAUGUCCAUGGAGAAACUGGAAACACAAGCUAAUUCUUAAAGACCCAUAGAAAUGCCUGUGGUGCACUUAGAGGAGUGUUGGAGAGAAGUUCAAUAAUUCAUCGGGUUUUCUUCUCCUCUUUAUUUGUAAAAGUCCUCUUGGGAGGGGACACUUCUUGGCCCAAAAAUAUGCAGAUUGUAUGUAAUAAACUUUUGUAACCAAAAGUAAUUUCUGUCAAACAUACUUCACUUUUUUAAGAUACUCAAUUUUGGUGACCCCAGUCAUGUAUCAUUAGGUGUUAAACAGUGGUGUCUAGUACAGUACAUCUGUUUGGUUUUGAAAAGAAGACCAUUUUUUAAAUACAGAAUGAAGCCUGACACAGCUUUGUUGCAUACUUUUCUUGGAUCCUCUAUCGCUGGCUGUUCCUAAUAACAGGAGAGAAAAAUAUAGUUUAUAUAUACAGCCCAUUGUAAAAGCACAGAGAAUUUGUUCUGAAAAUGUGUAUUUGUUUAAUUAGCUAAAGAAUUGUCAAUAAAAUACUAGACAGCACACACAAAAGUGGCAAAAUGGAUCAGAAAAGCCAUUUAUUUUAUUGCAAGGUACAUGGAAAAUGCUUAAACACAAACUUAAAAGGAAACAAAUCUGCUUUUUUUAUCAAAUGCCAUGUGAUUUAAUAUCAAAUGAAGCAAAUGUUUACUUUCAAUAGCAAACAAAAAAAUCAAUUCCUUAUGCACAGAACAAAGAAAACUCCACUGGGCAUUUAAACACAUUAGGCUGCUAAGUGGACAAAUAAAGCAAUGAAAGGAGAUAAACCUGCAUUUUUCCAACCACUUCUCAGCUGUAACUAUGUUUUUUUUCCUUUGAGUCCAUUUUUUAGUAAAUUCUAUGCUUUAUAUAUUUGGUAAUCAAGUUGAAGUCUAUAUGAAAAUGUAUAAUGGAAAGAAUAUUAACAUUUUUUUGAAGGUAACCACUCACAUAUAUACAGACAACAGUAGGAUAUAUUUUGGAGAAUGUUGUGUCUGAAGAGAAAACUACUUGGAUAAGUGCUACUGAACAUCAUCCUAUUAUUUAGCUAACUGGCUCUAUUUCUAAACAUCACUAGAGAUUAUUCUUGUAUGGACCGUGUGCUAUCAGUUUCAACCCCCACUUUUUGCUGUACCAAAUAUUUUUCACUCAAUGAACAAUUUGGACAAUUUUUAUUCAUUUAUUCAUGCCUUUCCACAUAUUGGCAUCUGAAUCAAAAUGAUCCCCAGGUCUCUAGGGAUCAUGACUAGAAUGAACAUUCCCUUGCUCAGGAAAAAUCAAGAAAAAAGAGUUUAACGGGCAACUCCUAGUAGAAUAGUUCUUCUAGCUGUCUAUCCCUCUAAACAGUGUGGUGUAAAUCUGUUUUGGGUGAUGGGUUCUGAGUCUAAAAUGCUAUUAUUUUGCCAGCUCACUAACGAAAUAAUGCUUGGCACUCACUAACGAAAUAAUGCUUGGCAUUUAGCUAAUACACUCUAACUCUAGUAUUUCAAAACAAUAGCCCAGAAAGCACAACUCAGAUCGAGUCCUUGAUAGGUAAAAAGCUGACUGAUGGCUAUUUUUUUUUAUAUAUAUUUUAGCAGUAUAAUUUUUAAGAGAUGACUCAACUGAAACCUUUAUUACUGAUAUUUUAUUUGUUUUCUUUUUUAAAUAUCUUAAAUUUGUUAUAAUCACCAUGUUGCUAGGAAAAUAAAGGCAGGACAGUUAGCCAAGAAUAGACUGCAGAUACCUUCUGUAUCUCUGCCCCCAGAAUAGCACUUGAGAUUAAAGAAAGGAAGGUGGAAUGUACCUUGCUGAUAGAGCAAAGUCACAGUAAAUAACCACCUGCUUUUGCUUGUAAAACAGCAGCAUUGCUACUGUGCAAAGAACUUGUUAGCAAGCUAUCAUUUUUCAAAAGGUUAAGAUGAAGAAGAUAAAGAAGAAUAAAGUAAUUAACCAAAGCCCCAAAUGGCAAUUUUAUAAAUUAGUUAAGCAAAAUCUCCUCUACUUUUUAGACAGGUGCUUGCCAAAGUGGUUUAUUUCAGAAUAUUCAACAGUCACUUGUUGGAAAACACAUUCAGUGGAGCGCUAUGGGAAGAUGACUCUUUGUUCACCAAUAUGGUUAGAUGGUCAAAUCCACUUUAUUUCCGUGAUACAGUGACUUAUAUGCACUUCUAGCAAGAGGCUGCUCCACCAAGAUUGGUUACAGUCAGAGGGUCCAGAGUUACAUGUAAGGCAUCAAUAGGUCAGCAUACCAUAACAAUCUGAGGGUCAGCCUCUGGGGCUGGCUAAACUCUGCCCACCUGCAGCUGCACUCCACCCCCUGCAGCUGCAUGUGGGGGAAAGCUACCCUGUGCCUGCUAUCUAAACUCCCAAGAUGGAUUCAAGGACAUUCCCAGCACGGGUUGCUCAUGUUUAUAAUUCUUGUGUGCUCUGCUAACAAGAAUUUCUCCAACAGUCAGUGCUGGUGGUGUUUUGAUUAAGAAACUUUCUGAGUACAAUAAAUGCCUAUGCUUUAUAAGAAGAAUUAAAGUCUGAUGAGACAGAGCCGCAUCUAGAAGUAUUUUGAUCUCUAGCAUCAAGAUAGAGAUAGAAAUACUGAAGAUACCAUCAUGUAAAGUAGGUGUAUCGCAGGGACAAAAAGGGUUAUGUUUUAUAUUUGACAUGAACAGAAUAUGUAUUUUGCAUCUUAAAUAUAUUAAUAAACAUGUUUUAAAUGUUUAAGUACCUAUGUAUUACCUAACUGUUACUUUGUAGUAGAUGUUUCCUUCUCAUGACAUACUAUUUUUCAGUUGCAAAGGAAAGCUCUUUUCUUUUUCAUGUAAGAGAUUGUAGUGCAGUCUAUAGUGUGGCUGAGGAGGCUGUAUUUUUGUAUAAUGAUACAAGACCUGUUUGGGAAAAAAAAAUUAGAAGGAAACUUUCUUUUGCAGACCAAGAGAAAGAUAUUGUCAUGGCCCAUAUCAAAAUGUUAAAUAUGUUGUAUACAAUCUGUAUAUAUACUAUAUAUAAUGGUAUAUACGAUGUGGAAGACACAGUAAUAUAAUAGUUCCUGUGUAAUGUUCUUGUAACAUUAGAUCUUUUUAAUAAAUAAUUCUCUUUUUAUUGACUUUUA